AUGGUAGCUAUAUUUACUUUGUUACUAAAGAUAAAUUGUAAAGCAAUUCUAUUUAAUGAGAAAGCUCCGGAGAAGAAAGAGACACUUUUUUCUGGAAUUUCAGAGCUGUUUUGUCAGAACCGACAUCUUACAAAAAUUUAUCAGAAUAUGUUGCACGACAAGAAUGUAUUUGGACGGUUUUGGGCUGAAGCAAUGAGGAUUGUAGCUUUUGUCAUUAACAAACUUCCUCAACCAAGCCAAAGAAAAGGAUGGAAAUGUUGCAAUCCAACAAGCGGAAGAUGUUACACUUCACGAAAUGUAGUGUUCGAUGAAGCAUCUUCUUGGUGGAACCCAGUUAAGGAGGUGUUGUCAGACUCUAAAGACCUCGAAGACAAAUUGCAACAAAAGAUGAGAGAGCAUACUGUUCAACUUCAAUCAAGUUCAGAUGAAUCAGAAGAUCCAAAUGACAAUGAUAUUGAGCAAAGAGUGGCUCAGAGUCCUUGGCAAACCGACAUAUAUCAACAACCAAAUGAAGAAGAGAGACCUAGUGAAAUGGAAGAAUUAAUUCCACAAUCUCAACUCCGAAGGUCAAUAAGAACACGAAGGUCAAAUCUAAAAUAUGUCAAUGCAGCCAUGGUUGAAGAAGCAAUAGAGCCCAAGACGUUUGAAGAAGCAUCGCAAAGUCCUGAGUGGGUGAUAGCCAUGAAAGAAGAGAUUGUUGCGCUGCAACAAAAUCAAACUUGGGAUCUCAUACCAAAACCAAGAGAUGUGAAACUCAUUUCUUGCAAGUGGGGUUUCAAAAAGAAAGUGUCGUCCAGAUGGGUUAAUCGAGAGGUACAAGGCACGAUUGCCAACAAAGACUGGAAUCUAUGGCAGAUGGAUGUGAAGAACGCUUUUCUUCAUGGAUAA